UUCACUCAGUCUUACUGGUUCAAUACGACAUUCGUAUAUUAACAGAUGCAUAUGCUGUAUUUGUGAGUUAUUUGUAAACCUCCAUCAAGUUGAAUGUGGGUUAAGAACGAUAGUUGUGCUGUAUGCCAAACUGUUGGUUUGUGGUUUGUCAUGUGGGGAAAAGGGAAAUUUGGAGGUUGGGGUGCAAGUGUGCUAUUAAGGAUACAAGAGUGCAAAAAAAAAAAAAAAAUUGUGGUGUGGGUGCUUUACAGGAAGGCUGCGUUUGUCUGUACAGUUCCAUCCCAUUUAUGUCAGUGACUGUGUUUGUGACUGAACACACAGAGACAGACGGCGAAUAAGAAAUGGCCUCAUGUGUUUCACAUUUUAUAAUCUGUUAAAACGACGUGACAGAUAACAUAUCAAAUAGAACCUUUUUACAAUACGUUUUUUUUUCUUCUUCUUCUUCCAACCACCAGGACUGUAUUUUUCCCCUCAUCAGCUGCUGAUGAUGCAAAGAGUCUUGCUCAGAGAUAACUUCACCAUGAGAGGUCAGAGGUAAUAACCAUCCUCGUGUCGUCACCAGCAGUCUUUGCAACAACCACUUGUUCUGAAUGUGUUCAACGGCCAACCACGUUCUCCCGCUGAGGAGAAUGUGUGAGGUAUUCGCCACUCCAGGCAGGCUGUGUGGGGGUGCAGUGCCCAUGACCACUCAUUUUCCUGGAGCCAGGUCUUAUGGAACUCCUCAGGACACAGAGAUGGAUUUGGCUUGGCAGGAGCUGAUGGCCUUCUCAGAGCUGCAGGAGCUUGAGGCCCCUGGAGACAUCUAUGAAACACAGUACCACCCAGUGGCACCUGGGGGAGAGUACAGCGUGUCCCACUCUGAGCCACCGCAGGCUGCCUGCGAGCCGAACGUGGGCAACGCUUACGGCGGAUGUUACUCUGAAGAGGCCCCAGUUUGUCAGCGUUUGAGCAACAACGCAGAAGCGAUGUGUGGACACUUUCAGUCUCAGCUCAAUCAAAGAAUGCCCCCUGUGUCCACACAGACUUCAUUCAAGGCCCUCAGAGAACAGAUGAACGUACCAAGCAUUGAGCACAGGCACAGGAGGCCAAACGUGUGCCCUUCUCAGGGUCUCAGUCGACAUACGUGGCCUGCUCACGGACAAACUUGUCACGCUCGCUCAGGUGAUGAUCUGGAGUCCGACUCUGGUCUGUCAUUGGGUUCAAGUCCACCUCUGGCCUCACCCGAUAAUGCCAUUGGUGGGACAACGGGUUAUCAGAGCAUGGACAUGGAAGCCAGGGAAACACAGAACAACUUCUCAAUGGAUUUUCAGAGUCACCCUCACUUACACUCAGGAGCACAACCUUAUUUCUCACAACAACCCAACUCAUCCCAUACUCAACCCAACCUCCUGCUUCUCCAGGCAGCGAGAGAAUGGGGUCAAGCUACUACUGUAAAUGACCCAUACGGUGACCCCGGAGUGUCCAGCAGAGGGCGUUUACAACAUAGCAUGUAUACAAAGCCACCAAGUGCAAUUCCUGCCCCCCUCAGCAAGGAUGAACGCCGUGCAGUGGCACUCAAGAUCCCCUUCCCUAUGGAUAAAAUCAUCAACCUGCCCGUGGAUGACUUCAAUGAGCUCUUAUCACAAUAUGCUUUGACAGACUCUCAAUUAACACUGGUCAGGGAUAUUAGGAGGCGGGGAAAGAACAAGGUGGCAGCUCAGAACUGCAGGAAGAGGAAGCUGGAGGGCAUAAUACACCUGGAACGAGAACUGAGCCAACUGCAGGCCCAAAGAGAACACCUGGUGCAGCAGAGGCUGGAGUUCCAACGAAGUCUGGCUUUUAUUCAACACCAUCUCGCAGACCUUUACACAGAGGUCUUUUCUCACUUGAGAGAUGAAGAGGGACAGCCAUACUCUAUAGACGAAUACUCUUUGCAACAGGCCCCAGAUGGUAGUAUUUAUCUGGUACCUCUUACAAGCAUGCAAAAAAAGUGACAUGGCACGUGUUGCUUGCUGUACUAUCAACUCAAUUUAAGACCUCCAAGUGACUAAGACAAGAUAAAUGGUUUGUAAUUUUUUUUUUUUUAUUGUUAAAACCUAGUAAAAUCCUUUUCAAAAGGGUGUUAAAAAUAAAAAAUAUAAAGACUGCAUAGCAGUGUCAGUUCAGGUCCAGCACUUCCUCAACUCCAGCCUGUAACAGAAAACAAGUUUUAAAAUGCUCUUAAAUAAUAGGUGAGUAAUUUGUUACAUCUGAGAUUUACCUGAUGUACCAUUGUCACAGAAAUGUACAGGUUGGGAGGACCAUCUUUAAAGCUGCCUGUAAAGGAGAAGCCAAUCAAGUUAAAAAAAAUUAUGUACUUUAUUUUAUAAUUUUACAACAUGCAAUUUGUGAGACCACUAUGCAUAAUUAGGCCCAUUUUAUGAGUCAUUGGAUAUGACAAUAAACUUGUUUGCACAAAA